AUGUAUCUUCAUUAUCAGAUAACGAGACUGGCCAGGGACCAGAAGAACCACCUGACCCGCCGCCUGUGCAGGGACUCCAACUGGCCAUUCACCGGCGACCUCAGCUCCGACGAGAUGGUCUGUAUGCUCGACAGCUACUUCGGGAAACGACGGACGCCAUCUUGCAUCCCGCCCCGCUGUCCCUACGACCGCCUCUACCACAACACGAUUGGCUGGAACCAGUCUGCUAUCAAGGACACGCGCCAAAAUUUCAAAGAAUGUCAGUUCUCGGCCAAUCAGGAGGACAAACAACGAAGUGUGGUUGUUUGUGCCAACGCCACUUACGGCCAUUAUCUCGACCGUUUCACUGACUUUAUGUUCAAGGACCAUGGCCGUGUUCAGACUUGCAAGGCGUUUUACUCGCACGGCAAAAUCUCCACCCUUCCGCCAAUUGAAGAUCUGAACCACACACAUGACAGCUAG